AUGACUCAAGAUGCUAAUUCCUCUAAGAGCGUUGCUACUGCUCCGGCUACAAUUCAAGUGUCCGGCUCUCAAAUCCCCGUUCUUUCAGUUAAGAAUGGUCGACUAGAGCCAGGAAAGGUUGUCCAGUGGGAUACUGCCAACCUAGGCCUCAGGUUCGCUGCGGAUCUGACUUCUGCUGCAACUGCUUCUGUGUUGAUAGGCCCCAUUAUCUCGGUGAUCGACCGCUCCAUAGUUGAGAAAGCGGCCACCGGGUCUACCUUUUCGUCAUGCCUGCGUCGAGCAUUACGCCCAGCCCUGACCCGACCACAUGCCUACCUGGUUUCUAAACCAUUCCUCCUGAUAUUUGCCCUUUACUUCUCUACAUACGCGACCGCAAAUACGGUCGACACAAUCGCAUCCACCGUUUCAUCCAAGCCCGCCUCCUCCGUUACCUCCGGAUCUACAAAAUUCCUGGCAACCUCUUCAGUCAAUAUGAGUAUAUGUGUAUAUAAAGACUCUCAAUUUGCAAAACUGUUUGGCGGUUCUUCCUCGUCUCCUGCUGCGGCAAUCCCAAGACUUUCAUAUGCCUUGUUUGCCGUUCGAGAUUCUCUGACCAUCUUUGCUUCCUUCAACUUGCCUCCGUUGAUCGCACCACAGCUUGGCAACCUGCCAACGAGUAUCAAAACCAAUUUCUCUAAGAUUCUCAGUACCGAGUCAGGGAGGGCAAACACUGCACAAUUUCUUGCUCCCGCAGCUGUCCAAUUAAUUUCUACACCAAUUCACCUUCACGGGUUAGAUCUGUACAACAGACAGGGGCGUUUAGGAAUUACUGAGCGAGCCUCUAGAGUUCUUAGAGAUUGGGGCGUUAGUGCCUUCGCCAGAAUGGGAAGGAUAAUACCUGCUUUUGGAGUUGGUGGCGUGGUUAAUGCUAAUAUGAGGAAGAAUUUCAUGAGCAAAAUAGAGGGUCAGUGA